UCCGGUUUCAUGACGCCACUGAUCUCCUGACUGUGUUCUUGUUUGGUGGUUUAAAACUGUAUCUAAUGGAAGGCUCAGAUGUUCAUUGUCUGUUUCUGCCAUGCAAUAAAAAUCACUACUGGAGCCUCUGAGGCCUAGACGAGUGUGAACAUGUUUCCUUUGACAUAGGACUCUCGUAAAGCGACAGACAAACCAUGUGGAGAAUUCAAGGUUUCGUCGGCAGGGUUUUACAUCGGUGUUAUGGCAGCAGCCCGCUGCGACUGCCUCAGAACCACCACGUCGAGGAUGAAGUCUUCAACACCUCAGCUGUCCUCUCCACCUCCCGACACUCCCCUGACAGCAGCUCUCAGAACCAUCAGGAUGGAGAGAGGAGGAGGAAACAGAGGACAUUUCAGUUCAACUACACUGAGCUUCCACGGUACACGGUGCUGGAUGCUGUGGGACUGGGAACAGCAGCUGUUCUUUUUAUGCAGGUAUGCAGGAGAAUCCACUCUCAGUUUUCAGCAGCCACAGAUCCUGGUCAAACCACUGGAGGCCUGACCUCUCACUCCACAGUGAAAAAGUGUGGCUACCGCAUCCUCUUAGAGAUCUUGUCCAAGAAUGACGUCCUGCCCCAAGGAAGGAGUGUGUUAUGCCUCGUAGCGGUGCCAGAGAGACAGAACGAAGAUCAGAUUGAGGCUCAGCAAAGCAACAACAACAACAGCAGCAGCAGUAGUUCAUUUCACCAAAGCAGCAGCAGCGAGCGUCAGAGUACACAUAGUUCAAUCUGUGGCCAACAGAGGUCGCUCCUCCACCACGAUUCAGCUUUAUCAGACUUGGAGGAACCUGUUCUGUCAGGGUCUCAGCCCCUUCAGAAUGAUGGCAGCACAAAAGACACUAAUCACAAGCCGGACAGGUUGUCAAAUGAGGAGAGGCUGACAGAAGCAACAAUAAACCUCAAAGACGUGGGAGACAACAGUAUUUCAGUGGUCCUCAACAUCAUUGGUCUAGAAAGUGCCAAGUGUGAGAACUACGAGGAGGCUUUUGCUUGUUUUUUAGCUGCCGCUCAACAAGGAUACAACAAAGCCCAGUUUAAUGUUGGUGUGUGUUAUGAAAAGGGCAGAGGAGUUAAAAAAGACCAGGAGAAGGCACUUUAUUACUACAAACAAGCUGCAGGCAGUGGCCACACACAGGCGCAAUACCGAUAUGCAAAGCUGCUGCUGUCCAGCAGGAGGCAUCAGAGUUUAGAGGAGCUGAACACGGCUAUUGAGCUGCUGGAAGAAGCCUCAGCAGCUGGGCUCACCAAGGCUCAGCUCUGCCUUGCAUCAGUUUACUGUAAAAAAACAGUGAGAAAUGUGAGCAAAUCCAUCCAAUAUCUGAAGAUGGCAGCAGAGGCUGAUGAUGGCACUGCCUUGCUGUUCCUGGGUCAGUGUCACGAGAGUGGCUUUGGGGUAGAGGAGAACCUGAGGACAGCUUUGGACUUUUACAAACAAGCAGCUGAAGCAGGCAACAAUCAGGCUAAGAUGCUGUUGAAACCUCCAAAUACUACAGAAAUAAACGUAGCAGCCAUGCUGCGCUCCAUCAGCUCCGCUCCCUGUUUCCCUGUUGCCAAGCAUCAGCUCCAGCCACUCUCCUCUCUGGCCUCUCAGGUUUCAUCCUCCGCCUCUCACCCAACUGCCCUUCCGCUCCUGCCCCACUCCUGGAGCACUGGGAGUCUGUUUGCUGCACCAGCUUCUUCUUCCUCUCGUCACCUUCUUCCCCUCAGCAUAGAGAAACGAACCUGCCAGUGGACGGUGGGGGUCAGUUAGUUCUCCUGAGUCAGCACAGAUUACAAAUGGAAAUUUACUGUUGAAAUUUAAUGUUUUUAUGUGUUUUUGUUUUGGGUUUUUUUCUCCUCAUAAGAGGAAAAGGUAAAUGCGUGUUUGGUUUGUAUAUAUUGGACAAGGUUUGAUAAGGUUUUUCAUGCAUGUGUGUGUAUAUAGGUCAAAUAAUUAUAUGUUAUUUGUAAUGCUAAAUAGUUAUCAGACACCAACUCUGACAACAGUGGAGCCUCCUUUCUAUCCAUUUUUGUUCAGCACAGUAUUUUUUUAUAUAAGUUCAGUUUUACAUUGGCAAAUAUGGUAGUUCUACAAGGUGAACAUUAUGGAUGGACCUUGAGAAUAAUUAAUGAGUGAAAUUACCCCAGAUAUAGGUGAGGAAUGACAGAGGUGGGAAAUAAAAGGAAACUCAUUUUAAGUUAACUAUGUGCCUGACCUUAUACAACUGUCCAGAGUGAAUUAUAUUGCACUAGGAUUAAAAUAUUCUGUCUAACGCACAAACUGACAAAAAAAAAACAACAAUAAAACAAACAACUGAAA